UCUCGAUCACAAGCGCAGGCCACCUUGGGACAUUUUCAUAUUACCGCUCAGUUAGUUACAUCGUACGGUAACUAUACUUUCUUUUGCAUUGCAUCGUUGAUGGGGCCAUCCUUAACAUCACGAAACGAACCAUUCUGCUUUCUAGAUCUGUACCUAGCAUUGCGAGCAGGCCAAAUAAUACAGAUUCGGAUUCGCGCGACACAGCGGGAGUAAUCAUAGCCGAUCAAACAUAAAACUUCACCCACACCUCCACGUCAUUUUACCAACAUCAGUCGCCCAGCCACGUCUCUCCCGAGAAGCUCUUGUCAUGGACAAGGCCGACACCUCUGCCGCUCCUGUGGGUGCGUCAAGCCCAAUUCCAAUUCCGAUCGAUCAGCCACAGCGCUCGAACUCGCAGCAGGGUAGCAUUGGCAAUGGUUCUGGCUCGCACAGAACCCCAGGCCACAUCCCCACGCAUCGCCAGAGCUUUGCUGAGAACCUGAGAAACCCGCCUCCUUCGCCCCGGGCACAGAGGCACUUGUCUCUGUCACAAUCAGCCAUACAGGAACUUCUCCUCAAGAACCCCUCCUCCAAACAGCCUAAUCCCCUAUUUGCGAAUCGGGACUGGCGCGAUGUGGCCGUCGGAGAGCUUGUUACGCAGGAUGACGUCAAGUGGGCAGAUCUAGACACGAGCGUCGAGGAGGCUACGAUGUUACUUCUGAGGAGCUCUCCAGCAAAUGUUGUCCACGUCCGGGAGAAGAGCACAGACAAUACGCCCGUAUCUACCUUUGACUACAAUGACUUGAAUGCGUAUAUCCUCGUCGUUGUUGGUCUGGCGCAUCCCGAGGAUGAUGAACAAGUCGCUUUAUAUGAUGAAAUAGCCAGAAAAGCUCGAGAACGGGUGGCUAUUCCGCUGCGGGAUAUUCAACCUAUCUGUCGCAAAGAAGUUCUCGUCACGUUUUCUGCUGAUGAACCCCUCUCCAGGGGCGUCGAGGUGCUGGGAAGCGGUAUUCAUCGAGUCUUCGUCACCACCGGCAAUGGCGAUGUUAUCGGAGUCCUCAGUCAACUGAAAGUUCUGGGAUUUUUCUGGGAGGAAGGUGUUUCUUUCCCUGAAAUCGACAGGUUAUAUCCGGUACCGCUGCGCGAUCUCAAGCUGGGAACUCAUCAAAUAAUUGCCAUCAAUGCCGACAGGCCUUUGGCCGAGGCCCUGACGCUGAUGAGCAACGAGGGCCUUACAUCCGUCGCUGUGGUUGACAAUGGGAUGAACGUAGUGGGCAACAUCAGCACUGCCGAUGUACGACUUCUGACUUCGGCUGCCAGCAUGCCCUUGCUAGAGUCAACCUGCAUGCACUUCAUCAGCGUCAUCCUCACCGAGAGGGGUGUGGAAAGGGGCCAAGACUCGUUUCCCGUCUUCUAUGUCAACCCAUACUCUACUCUCGCCCACACCGUCGCGAAGCUCACAGCUACUCAAAGCCAUCGGAUGUGGGUUGUCGAGAGCCCCUCGCCAUCUCCAAGCGUGCCUGGCACACCACUGUUACAACCAGUGUCGUCUGCCUCCUCAGGUCAAGUUGCAGGAGCUACGCCGACCACGCCAGCGACUACAUCCACUGCUUCGGGAACACCCGCGCUGUCCACGGCGACUUCGACCGGCUCUACGAUAGUGAUACCCUCGGCUGUCCCGACUGCUUCACUCCCACCGCCGGUCAGCUCGUCGGUGCCGGCCGCAGCGCUACCUGGCGCUCACCUGUCUGGGCGGCUCACUGGCGUCAUCUCCUUGACCGAUAUUUUGAAUAUGUUUGCAAGGUCGUCGGGACUCCAUCCCUCAGACCCGGGCGAGCAGCGUGCCCGUCGAAGACGCAGCUCGAGCGCGAGUAUGCGCCCAAGUAUGGAAGCGUCUAGACCUAGCGCCGAGUUUAUUAGGAGAUUAGGCUGAGACUUGGGUGUACAUGGUGACGGCCCGAUUAUAGGAUGAUCUAUUCAAAUGAGGCAGGAUGCUAGAUAGAGUAAUAGGGCCUGACCGUUCUACGAAUUUUACCAGCUGCCUCAUCAGGCAUUCGACCUUGUUUUCAUCAGUCUGAGAUUUUGUCACGGCUUCAGAACAAAAUUGUUUCUCUACAACGCAUCACAACUUGAUAUAUCCUAACCAACACUGUGCAGAUCAAAUAGUUUGUAUUACACCCCGGGACCAAAGCCAGGGAUCAGUUUCAUGUGCACUGAUGAAGAGAUAUAAGUGAGAAAUCGGCUGGGCAAAAUUUCGCAGUAUAGGCCGUGAAAGACACCGAAAAAGAACCAAGACCUGAGAUGAACCGAAUGCAACCAAAACGACCAAGUCCCCCAAAUGCCCCAUCCGAUCCAGCGUGUGCAAAUACAAACAACAAAUUUGGUCAUACAACAUAUAUAGUAC